AUGGCUCACCACGCAUCACGAGUAACCUGGUCCAAAAGGAUCUCGGUUAAACUAUCUACCAACAGUGGUUAUGGAUUUCUGGACCCAGGCACCAUCUAUGGUUGUGUGCGGCAGGCGCGAAAAGCUGUCCACUCAACUUCCCGCGGCGCCAUUCCGCUAACCGCAAAACGUGCACCACUUGGACAAUUCUCGCCAAAAGCGUUUCCAAUAUGGUCUCGUCACAAAUCAGAACUUGCGCUGGAGCCUGUUCCUUACUCAGAGCUCACUGUAGGCGUCCCAGCUGAGACGUUUGACGGCGAGAAACGCGUCGCUGUCGCGCCACAGAACGUCCCACUCCUGCUGAAGAAGGGAUUUUCACGUGUUCUUGUUGAGCGUGGUGCUGGUGCUAACGCUGAAUAUGCUGAUGAGGUCUACGAGCAUGUCGGCGCCACUCUCGUCGAUAGAAAAACAUUAUGGUCCGAAAGCAACAUUCUUUUGAAGGUUCGCGCCCCAAACAUCGAGUCGGAAAUCCCCAACAUUCGUCCCGGUGCCACUGUCAUCUCCAUGAUUCAACCCAUGCAAAACCGGCCCCUUGUCGAGGCUCUCGCCAAUCAACGUGUCACAGCGUUCGCAAUGGACAUGAUUCCCAGAAUCUCACGUGCUCAGGCCUUUGAUGUUCUUAGUUCCAUGGCAAAUAUUGCCGGCUAUAAGGCUGUCCUCGAAGCAUCCAAUCACUUUGGACGUUUCUUGACGGGCCAAGUCACCGCGGCUGGCAAGAUUCCGCCCUCAAAGGUCCUCGUUAUUGGAGCUGGUGUCGCAGGUCUUAGUGCCAUCACUACUGCUCGUCGCUUAGGUGCCAUCGUGCGUGGAUUCGAUACCAGAUCCGCUGCUCGAGAGCAAGUCCAGUCUCUUGGCGCGGACUUCUUGGAAGUCAGCAUCCAAGAAGAAGGAGGCGGUGCCGGAGGUUAUAGCAAAGAAAUGUCCAAGGAGUUCAUCGAGGCUGAAAUGAAGCUUUUCAUGGAUCAAUGCAAGGAGGUCGACAUUGUUGUCACAACAGCCGCUAUCCCGGGGAAACCGUCGCCCAAACUUAUCACUGAAAAAAUGGUGAGCGCCAUGAAACCUGGAUCUGUCAUCGUCGACUUGGCCUCUGAGGGUGGCGGCAAUUGUGAGGUCACUCAACCUGGAAAACUCAUUGUCCACAACCAUGUCACUGUCAUUGGAUAUACGAACUUUCCCUCCCGACUACCAACGCAAGCCUCAAGUUUAUACUCGAACAACAUCACGAAAUUUUUGUUUUCAAUGGCCCCCAAGGAAAACUCCUUUGGUAUUGAUCUCGAAGAUGAAGUUGUGCGCGGUUCGAUAGUCACGCAGAACGGCGAGAUUAUUCCACCUGCUCCAAGAGCUGCUCCACCACCAGCAAAUACUCAGCAGACCCAUCAUGAAGAAGCUAAGCCUGUAGAACUGACGCCAUGGCAAAAGCAGACCAGAGAAGUGGCAACUGUCGCAGGAGGUAUGGGCGCCAUGCUUACUCUUGGAAAAUUCACCUCGCCCCUUCUCAUGAGCAACAUGUUCACAGCUGGUCUUGCCGGUCUGAUCGGAUAUCGAUCUGUCUGGGGUGUCAUUCCAGCCCUUCAUUCGCCUCUGAUGAGUGUUACCAAUGCCAUUUCUGGCAUCGUUGGUGUUGGUGGUUUCUUCGUUAUGGGAGGUGGCUAUCUACCAGAGACAUUCCCACAACUAUUAGGGUCACUGUCUGUUUUGCUGGCAUUUGUAAAUGUUUCAGGUGGCUUCGUCAUCACAAAACGCAUGUUGGAUAUGUUCAAGCGCCCUACUGAUCCACCGGAAUACCCGUGGCUGUAUGCAAUUCCUGGUGUCCUGUUUGGUGGUGGCUUUCUCGCAGCUGCUUCUACUGGUAUGGCAGGUUUGGUUCAAGCUGGAUAUCUUGUGAGCAGUUUGCUCUGCAUUGGCUCGAUCUCUGGGCUGGCAUCUCAAGCAACUGCACGAACGGGUAACCUUCUGGGCAUUCUGGGUGUCGGUGCAGGUAUCCUUGCGUCUCUUGCAGCCGCAGGGUUUUCACCUGAAGUUCUGGCUCAAUUUGGAGGCAUUGCUGCCAUUGGUGCUUUGGCCGGUGCUUUGAUCGGUCGAAGAAUUACACCCACUGAACUUCCACAGACUGUCGCUGCUCUUCAUUCAGUUGUUGGUCUCGCAGCUGUCUUGACCAGUAUCGGCAGUGCUUUGGCUCACGUGGAGGAUAUCUCUACAUUGCAUAUGGUCACAGCAUAUCUCGGCGUGGUGAUUGGUGGCAUCACAUUCACUGGCAGUAUCGUGGCUUUCAUGAAACUCGCCGGCAAAAUGUCUUCUCGACCUUUGGCCCUUCCAGGCAAACACCUCAUCAAUUCUAGUCUGCUUGCCGCAAAUGCUGGUACCAUGGGUGCUUUUGUCACAAUGGCGCCAGGCGCUCCAGUCGUAGCUGCUAUGGCUCUCUCCGCUAGCACCAUACUCAGUUUUGUCAAAGGCUAUACUACCACGGCAGCAAUUGGCGGUGCUGAUAUGCCUGUGGUCAUCACCGUUCUGAAUGCAUACUCUGGAUUUGCGCUCGUGGCAGAAGGAUUCAUGCUUGACAAUUCCUUGUUGAUCACGGUGGGAUCACUCAUCGGUGUCAGCGGUUCUAUCCUCUCCUACGUCAUGUGCGUGGCGAUGAAUCGAUCAUUGACCAACGUUUUAUUUGGCGGCAUCGCUCCCGUUACGCAGUCGCCCGGCCACGAGAUCCAAGGUACAGUCACGAAGACGAGCGUUGAGGAGACGGUAGACUCUUUGGUCGAAGCACAAUCCGUCAUCAUUGUCGUCGGUUAUGGAAUGGCUGUUGCAAAAGCUCAAUACGCCAUUGCUGAGAUAACAGCAUUGUUGAGGUCCAAGGGCAUCAACGUUCGCUUCGCGAUCCAUCCCGUUGCAGGCCGAAUGCCCGGUCAGUGCAACGUACUCCUCGCCGAAGCCAGCGUUCCAUACGAUAUUGUGCUGGAAAUGGAUGAAAUCAAUGACGAUUUCCCCGAGACCGAUCUCACGCUUGUCAUUGGAGCCAACGAUACCGUCAAUCCUAUCGCCUUGGAGCCGGGUAGCCCGAUCGCCGGAAUGCCUGUGUUGCAUGCUUGGAAGAGUAAACAGGUCAUUGUGAUGAAGAGAGGCAUGAGCAGUGGCUACGCCGAUGUUCCCAACCCCAUGUUUUACAUGCCUGGAACAAAGAUGCUGUUCGGAGAUGCGAAGGCUACAACCGAUGCCAUCAAAGCUGCGCUCGAGAAUAAAUACAAAGCCAAAUUCCACGUCUAG